GGUGGAUGGAGCUGUUAUACAAAAACUGAAAAACGACAGUCCAGCUCUUUUUUACUGCAUAUCAUUAUUCAGUCCAAUUUUCCCUUUAGAUUAUUGAAGGGAGGAAAAUCCUUGACAUGCAAAAAGAAUCUAGUGAAGAUGUUGAUACGCAAAACGUCAAUGUGCGUAAACCCCAUAAAAAACGCCGAAAAGCGAAGAAGUCUCGAGAUGUACUUAACAGUUUACAGGAUGAUGCUUCGAAGACUUCAAUAAAUUCUCAAAUUUAUUCGACUAAGAGAAUAGAAUUUGAUGACGAUGGAGAAAUAAAAAAUUUAUACGCUGCAGAUAACUGGGAUCUUUCUGAUUGUACUCGCAGGUCGAAAAAGCGUUCAGGAUACGUCACUUUUUCAAACAUAUGUGCCGAACAGAGAUUUACACCGAAAUCUGGAGUGUCAAACCUUGAGAAUACUGAUAUUAUAUCUUACAUUUCAGAAGAUGAGUUAGAAUCCGUACAUGAAAUACCGAUCAAACAUGAAAAGAAUCAGCAUUUAGAAGUGACAAUCUACAGUUUUCCUAAUAACUAUGAGACUGUUGUGAAGUAUUGGUAUGAUACUUUUCAGAAACUUCAUUUACUCACCAGAAUAACUGAAAACCAGGAGGGUGCCAACAAUUAUUGUUCAGUAGUUGAACAAACCCCAAAUGGAAGUCCGUCAAACAACACAUCAUUACAUGAUUCAACAACCAUCAUCUUUUAAUCUCAUGAAUAUUGGUUUGUAAUAUUUCAUUUCUAUUCACGUGAAGUAUAAUUUGACACUUAAAGUCCCUUGAUAAGAGUCCGUAGAACGUAUUUCUAUGUAUAAACCCUGUGGUCCUUUUUGUUCAAUUCUGCGAAAAUCAAACCUAUAAUUUCAGUAUAAAUAUUGGGAAGUACAUUUUGAGUAAAUACACAUUUUCGGUAAUUUCUCAUCAGGGUUUACAAUUACAGUAAAAAUAAUUCAAUCGGGGUAUUUAAACAGAACUAAACAGCGGUAAAGAUUAUAGAUAAAAUAUUUGUAAUAUCUCAGUGAGUAGAAAAAUUAGAUUUUCUGACGUUUCGUGACUCAGUGUGAACUACUUCAGAGAAAAAAUGACCAAAUUAAAAUUAACCCAAGUUUAAAACAACAGUAAAGAUUAAAAUAAAAUCGUUCAAGUGUUGAUUUGGUCGUUGUAGUUUGCUAGUCAUUUAUUUAUGUGUAUACGGCGUAAAGAAAAAGAAUCAUUAAAUGCCCUGGUGCGGCCGAGGGUAAAGAGAGUCAGUUCUCCUUAUCGAAAUGCUCUCAUAUGGUCACGAGUAUACAGCUAUUUCUAAGGAAGUUCUACUCACUGCCUUCUCGUGCUGGGGCUGUUAUUUACGAAAUUGAGAGGACGAAAUUCGAAUAUCCGGUGCUUUAACCAGGUUUGCGGAUACGGAGAGUUCAUCCAAGGGAGUUGGAAAACCCUGAUUCCAAACCAAUAGUGCACAUGGGCUCCAGUUUCCUGAAGGGACGAACGGCGUACGAACCAAUCGUUGGUCGCCGGACUUACACCGUAGCGAAUGAUUCUGAGCUACUUCACCCAGUCUCCACUGGUUACGAUAAUCACUCAAACCCCAACCAGGUAGUAUGUAAGUACCUACAUGGGUCAGUUUACCUGUUAUUGUUUUCAUGGACUGAUGAUGCAUCUUAGUUUGGCUGCAAUAGCUUUCUUAGGACUUACUCAUAUGCCACUUAUUAUCGCGUGUCGAAGUAGUCGGUGAAUGAACUUGCGUAAUCCUGCUUCGGUCUGAGCACUCGGGCAGUAUCACAGCCCAUACACACUUAUGUGGUGUAUAUGUACUUGGUGCCCCUUUGUACUAAUAUGAGUGGAUGCAAUUUAAGUAGACAGAAAGCUCCAACGAACGCCAAUUCCUGUUAUUAACUCAGGUGAUAGGUCGAUGUGUAAAGUACUGUAAAACUGAACCAGAAAAAGUCUUGUCCUGUCGUUGUAUAUUGUGUGACCAAAUGAGUAUGCAUUGCUUUGUGUUUUAAAGUGAAUACGUUACUAGAGAGUCAUGGAUGUUUCAAUCACUAAAAUCGGGUUGUCAUAUACUUGAUUACUUCACUUUACAGAAUAUUUCACAACACUUCUAAUCCUAUUUUUCCUAUCUAUUUUCAAAAUACAAUACUUAAUGUAAAUUAGGUAUACUGAGCAUUAUAAACAUUCAGUAGAAACCAAGGAAUUAUGAAGAAAGUACGAACCCAGACAGAAACUGGGAUAAUUAAAAUGACUUAAUAAUGAUUCAAACUCGUGAUAUAGAUGUGUAUUAAACUAUGACACUAUCAAUUAAGGUAGAUUAUUAUCAAAUAUAAGAUCUAUGUAUGAACUAUACCUUGUGAAAGUAGCCAGAAAGUCACAUUAUCCUGUAGAAUAGUUAUUUAUCGGUAUCAUAUAUUUUUGUAGAGAACAAAUGGAAAACUGUCAAUAACAAUAUGGUUUUUUCCGAGACCGGUCUUCCGAAUAGGCCUCUAAAAUAUUGGAAACGAAUACGCUCAUUUGCAAAUGUUUUACAACAAUCUGGAAACAAAUAGAUUUAAAUGUAAUACUUCA